CCCAAAUGCCUCUUCUUCACCACUCACCACAUAUUCAGCAAUUUUGGCAUGAUCUAUACAUAUAUAUAGGCUUUUAUCAUCUCCAAAAUCAACAAAUUCCAACGAUUCUACUUACUAACAAAUUUUUUCUCUCCUCUCUCAAGCUACUGAAAUCUUGAUUAUCUUUUCUCUAAGUGACUAAUUAACAAUGGCUAUUCGUUUUCCCCGUGUAUUGUAUUCCAAGCAGAUUCUCCGCAGAUCAAAUUCUUUUGGAAAUCAGUUAGCUUCCUCUGAUGUUCCAAAAGGCUACGUUGCAGUCUAUGUUGGAGAUCAAGAUCAAAAGAAGAGAUUCAUAAUUCCAAUAUCAUUCUUGCAUCAACCUUCAUUUCAAGAGUUGCUAUGCAUGGCAGAGGAGGAAUUCGGCUACAAUCAUCCAAUGGGUGGUCUCACACUGCCCUGCACAGAGGACAUCUUCGUUCACCUCACUGCCCGCUUGAACAGAUUGUGAUAUUCACUAACUUCUGGUCAACUAGAAGGAACAAUAUUUUAUUUUUUUGUAAAAAAAGGAUAUUGAAGUGAAAGUUUAUGUCCAUAGAGAGAGUUCUUAACAGUAACAGCUGUAGUUGUU